UUAAAUCUUUUGAAAAUGUCAUCCCUCAGUGACAUAGAAAUUGUGGAAGUAGAGGUGGGCGGCAGUGCGGUGCUGCCAGCAGAGACGGAGGUGAGCACCAUGUGCACAGGUGACAUCAGACAGACAGAGGCUGGUGUGUCCGCAACAACAGGCCAAAGCCAGAGGAGCAGCGCUUUAGAUGGCAGCGGACCAACCAGCAGCGCCCUGCAGAUCAAUAAACCCUCAGGCCUGAGCCUGGAGGACCCCGUCAAGAUGAUGGACUCCAUACUGAACGAGAACGGAGCAAUAUCACAGAACAUCAACCUGCUGGGCAAGGUGGAGUUGAUGGACUAUCUGGACAGCAUUGACUGCAGUCUGGAGGACUUUCAGGCCAUGCUUUAUGGAAAACAGUUUGGCAUCGAUUUUGAUGCCCUAGAGGAGAGCGUGUGCUCCAAAGAGAACACAGCACAGCUAAACCAAGGCAGGAUCGAGGAAGACAACACAGAUAAGCAGUUGAUCCAGUACACCUCCUGCCCCCUGCUGGCCUUCCUCGAUGGCUGCUCUCCUCCUUCAGAGGUGGAUCUGGGCACCGGCUCCUCUAACACCCACCUCCAGCCCUCGUCCAGCCAAUGUGUCUCUGUGGAGGCUGAGCCACCCUCAGAGUUGCUGGACACCAGCCUUGAGACGAAGCCAGCCUGCAGCUCCCUGAUCCGCCUGGAGCCUCUGACGGAGGCGGAGGCCAGCGAGGAGACGCUGUUCUAUCUGUGUGAACUGAGUCCGGCUGGACCAGAGGCUGACUCCAUCCUGCUGGACAGAGUGUGAGCAGGAAUGGGACUGGUGUGACGGUGAUGCCAUAGACUACAUCCCUCCAUCCUCCAGAUAGUAUUGGCUGUCUGUGUUCCCCCAACACACUCUGUGUGUGUGUGUGUGUGUGUGUGUGUGUGUGUGUGUGUGUGUGUGUGUCUGUUGCAGUAACAGAAGUGAAGAAAGCACCAGGCUGGUGGAAGAAUAGCUGUGCUUUGUACCACAGACACAUUUUUACAUUUAAGAGGAGCAUUGAAGAUGACACUUGGUUAUUACACCUUGGAACAUAAAUGCAGUUAGUGUGAAACGAGUCAUAACUCACACACAUACAGUGAUAUCUGCAUCAUUACAGAUAAACAUCCAGAAACCUUGUAGACAUAAAAAGGACAGGCUCCUCAUCAUCCAUCUGACAGUUGUCUGUACGUCCAUGGUUACGCCUGCUUAUGACUUGGCACAACAUUAUAGUUCCUGUUUAAAUCACUCAAUGCAUGAUGGGAACUGUAGUACCAAAACACAAACAUUCUCAUCCCAAAUGGAAAUAAAAAGAUAAACAACAAAGUGACAGGACCCAAUGAAAAUUGCUUUGUUUCUGUUCUACACAUAGUCUUUGCUUUACUAAGGCUCAGAAUGUUCCAUCAGCAUGGAAAAGUGCUGUGCUGUGUGCUGAAAACAUGCAGAAAUACAGGCGGAAGUUAUCAUUUGCAUAAACAUAAAAACAGUGGGCGACAUUCCCGCACUGGAAAACGGUUGCCAAUGCUGAAGGGAUGAGCGAUCAUAGCGACAGCAGCAGCUCAGUAUGGCAGAGCCUGUACAUCAGGUCCACGGUGUGGUGUAAUUGUUCUCACUGUCAGAAGAGGGACACAAAAGUACCACUGCAGGUUUAAAUAGAGGGAAAACUGAGCAGAAACUUUACUGCCAUGUAUCUGAAAGUGAAACCUCUUUUUUUUUUUUUUUUUGGAUGAAAGGAGUACUUUAUUUUUAUGACUUCAAUGUUUUCAACAACGCAAUGGUUUCAAAUGUAAAACGACAUGAGAAGGACAGGGCACCGGGACCUGGAUUUCCACCAGCACAGCUUCACCUCUGUGCUGUUAGCACUAAAGUCUCAUCUGCUCUUCAGUAUCACAUCUGGUCUUACAUCAUCAGUGAGGAGACGACCUCACCUUGGCUACAUUUCUGUCCACAGAGCUGAGACUCGUCAUAAAGUGACAUUCCUUCAGUUAGUGCUGUUUUAGCUGGGGCUUGCUUUGACUUCAGAUAUGGGAACGUGACGUUUGUGACAGUGAUUUAAUGAAAGCAACAUUCUAGAGAAUUGGAACUGUCUAUUAACCUGUAAAACAAGCAUCACUGCAAAAGCCAUUUCACAGUUGAGAAGACAAAACCAGCUCUGAUCUGAAUCUGUCCUCCCACAACAGCAGUAAUGGGUCUGCAUUCAUUUAGCAGUAGAAAAAUAUAACUGAAUGGUCUGAGCACAGACAUUCAUUCCUGACCACUUACACAGAGCUUUUAGCUACAUUUCACUGUCGAAAAUUCAUGAAAAAAGCUCUGAACCCUCAGAAACCUUUUCAGGACAACAGGUGAAGACUAGCUUGUAAGUGGACCAUCCAUCCAUCGUCAAACACUUAUCCUGCGUACAGGGUCGUGGGGGGCUGCAGCCAAUCCCAGCUGGCAUCGGGCGAAAGGCAGGGUACACCCUGGACAGGUCCUUGUAAGAGGACCUUGAAUUGAAAUUAUUUUGUCAAACAAAAAUAAGUGAGGUUAAAAUGUCAUUUCAUGUCAUUUGUAUUCAUUCAACAACAUACAGUACUAAUGAAGUAGUAAUUAGAAUGCUUGAAAAUGUGUGUCAUGAUUGCGAGACACUUCACGUUUGUUAGGUGGGGAGGAAAUUAGGUCAUACAUAUACAUAAUGUGAAUUAUGAACCAAAAUAAGCUUCAGCCAAUGACAUUUUAUCGUGUACCUGUAAAAAUCAAAUGUUCCUAAUUAUAGGUCAUGUUCAUGUGAUGUUACACAUGGUGGUUGUACAGUAGGUUAGUGUCAGCAGUGAAUAAUAUAACUGGACAUGCAUGGCAAUAUUGAAAAGUUAAAUGAGGAGUAAAUGUUGAGACUUGCUAUUAUCCAAGACACAAGUAACAACAUUUUUGGGUCAGUUUGAUGAAAUCAACUUUGUUUUUUUUUAUGAAGAAAAGUUCUCCUACAUUCUCAGUUUGAAUCACCUUUAUUGACAUACAGUAACCAGACCCAGUUGAAGAGAAUAAAAAAAAAAACAAAUUCAUUGAAUUUUCAAAGAAACACUCCCUGAUUUUGUCAGAGCAUUCCUUAAAUCUGAACUCAGAGCCCUGAUCUCAAAGACGGACAGCUGGAAAUGAUUUAGCUGUUUUCUGAUGUAGCUUGAGGUGUUGAGUAGCCUCGGUGUGUUAAUGUUAUGAUAAAGGGAAACUGUCUUUCACUGAUAUAGAAGUGCCUCCAUCCAUUCUCCACUUCUUCUGACAGAGCCACACUUUAGACCUCAGAUGCUGUUUAUAGUCUGCUGUACAAGGUCACAUAACUUCCCACAAGCUGUCUGUCAUUGUUGCAAUCCUUGCAGUUACAAUAAAACAAAUGCUUCAGUGUU